GAGUUUUGGGAAGCAAUGAAUGUGGGAACCUCGGACGGUCCUAUGUUUACAGAGCUGCAAAAAGUGAUGGAUCUUAGCAAGGCGUGGGUGGUUGAAAAGAGAAUGAUGGUUGCUAGGUUGUGCUUAUUAUCUGUGGCAGUACAUGGCAUACAUCACGGAUCAAGAAUCCCUUUGUCUAGUGCUAGAAGAGUUCUUGAUCCUGUGGGUUUUGAGAAAUAUCCUUGGGGUCGAGUGGCUUUUGAUAGUCUAGUUACCGCAGUGAAGCUUGUUAAAUAUGACCAAGAGUCCUAUGUUAUUCACGGAUGCGUUCAUGCUUUGCUGAUUUGGUUUUAUGAGAGUGUCCUAGGAAUAGGAGAGGAUUAUGGGAUGAGAAGGCCUACAUUGACGGGUGUUCCACUACUCGAUUGGCAGUCAACUAGGAAAGAUAUAAAGUUAAAAGAAUUCCUCAUAAAGGAGAAGACUAAGCAUGGUCAGAUUCGUGUAAGGCACAUGUCAGAGGAUAACAUGUACCCUAAAUGGGGAGAUGCGGAUGCUGAUGCGAAUAAGGCCUUACUAGACAACCUGAUUAAAGAUAUCAUCAAUAACCAGUUACCUUUGAAUGCUUGGGAUGGUGUGGGUUCAGUUGCUGUGACAAACAAGAAUGUGGCAAAGAAGAAAAGAAAAUUAGAGAUUGAAGCUGAGGACAAUGCAGCAGAGAAGAAGAGCAUCUUCGAUAUUUGGAAAAUGUUGGAAACAAUGAAUGGGACAAUUUCAGAACUAGACAAGAACAUGAGGAAUAUAAUGGAUGCUUUGGAGAGCAAAUUUGAAUCCCUGGUUACUAAGAGACUUAGUGACGUAGAUGUGAAGGAGAUGAAAGAGUCCAAACCUGAAUUUGCUACCUCAAACAACAAUGAAGAUGAUGAGGCAAAUAGUAAAUCUCCUUCUUGGGUAGUAGAGGAGAAUCCUACUUCACAUGAUGGUUUGCCUAUUCAAAGAGUGGUGAAGAAAGUCUAUACAGUGAGAAACAAGAAAAAGAAAGAAGGUGAAUUAUCUGAUGAUCUUAUCUUAUUUGAAAAGAAAGAAGGUACAAAGGCUGAGAGGAAAAAUUAUCAAAAGGCUGCUUUGAAAUUAGAAGCUACAAAGACUGCGGUGAAAGGUUGCUCAAAGCCUGCCCUAGCCGUUGCUGUUACAAAGGCUGCCAAGAAAGGCGGCUCCAAGGCAGUGGUUAAAGAAGUUGCUGCUAAGAACCUGGGUUUCAAGGCAUCAAAGAUUGGUGGCGAAAAGGCUACUGUGAAAGAUGAAGCGGCUAAGAAAGACGGUUCAAAGGCUGCAAACAAAUCUGCUACAAUGGCUGGGAAUAAGAUGAAGAAGAAGUCUAUUACCCAAGAAGACGAUGUCCUAGAUGUUACUGACCAAGUGAAAGAUGAUGCUCUGAAAAUGGUUUCAAGUUCUGAAGACACAUUCUCGGAUCCUGGACAACAACAUACUAAUAAGGUACUGAAUGCAACAUUGAUAGCAAUGGUAGAGAAAAUAAAGAAUCUAGAUGAGGGUAUAAUUGUGGGAAGAAGAGUGCCACAAUUGGCUGGUUCUCAAAAGUACCCGUAUGUUGGUAACUCUAUAGUGAAGCGCAUCAUUACGGAUGGAGAACCUUCUUCCUCGAUACCUGAUCAUCUUAAACCUGCUUCUGACGAGAAGGUUCAUCAACUGUUUGAUUUCCUCGAGGAGGAUGAAGAGGACGAUCUUAUUCAGACUAGUAAUCCAGAUACGAGAUUCUAUUGGCAAAUUUUGACUUUAAGAGAACAAUGGCCACAUGAAAAAUAUGGAUGGUUGAAAAAUUAUCAUAUGGGUGCUGCGAUGGCUAUGUUCUGCAAAAGGUUGAUGCGUGAGCCUUCAGCGUACCCUAAUCAACGAAUAACUUUCUUGGACCAAUACAUGUUGAGGGAGUUGGCUAAAGAUUACAAGCACUUUUCAAAAGGACGUAAGUGCUUUAAGUUCAGGGAUUUCUUUGCGGAACACCUCAACGGGACAGCUCCAAUUGAAUCAGCUACUCACAAGAAGUGGUUCAUCGAUGUUGAUCAUCUUUAUGCUUGCCUCUUUAUCAAUGGGGAUCAUUGGGUUGCUCUUGAUAUUGACUUGCCUAUGAAGAGGAUUAACAUCUACGAUAGCAUCCCACAUUUGACCACUAAUCUUGAAAUGGCGAAACAAUGCAUGUUUUUGCGAGAAAUGAUCCCUGCCAUGAUGAGUGCUAUGGUACCUGAGGAGAUACGUAAGAAGAGUAAUGCAAGGCUGGAAGUGAAAAGGAUUACAAAGAAAGUACCGUUGAAUAAAGAUCCCGGCGAUUGUGCUAUCUACACAAUCAAAUACAUCGAGUGUUUGGCUCUUGGGACAUCAUUUGAUGGGCUUUGCAAUGAAAACAUGAAGGCAAUACGUAUUAAACUUGCAGCGGAGCUAUAUGAUGAAGUGAGAGAGACAGCCAGACCGUAUGAGCUUGAUAUGUGUCGUGAAAAAGCAAAAUCCCUCAACUCGAAGACUCUCAGUAGUUUCUUCUAUUUUAUUUCAUGUCAUCUCGGAUUUGUAGGUUCUUCUUGUUUCUUUGUUUCUCAGACCUGA